AUGGAUCAUGUCCCUGUACUCGGCGCUGGGGCCGUGCUGCAGACCCUCUUCUUCAGCAGCGUGGGGCACCUGAAGGAGCUGCCCGAGGCAGAGCUGAAGCUGGGCAGCCUGGUGAAGGUGAAGUUUGAAGACAUUAAGAGCUGGUCCGACCUCAUCACUCCUCAGGGUCUUGUGGGGAUCUUUGCCAAGCCCAACCCUGCCAAGAUGUCGUACCCUGCUGCUCAGCUCACCAGCUCCUUGCCGCUGCUCCUCAUCUGCGACAACAUCCGAGAUCCGGGAAACCUGGGGACGAUUCUGAGAUCUGCAGCAGGAGCAGGCUGUGAGAAAGUGCUGCUCACCAAAGGCUGCGUGGAUCCGUGGGAGCCAAAGGUGCUCCGCGCAGGCAUGGGCGCUCACUUCCGUCUGCCCAUCGUCGCCAGCCUGGACUGGGAAUCUGUUCCCAGCAACCUUCCUGCCGGCAUCCAGGUCUGCGUGGCCGACAACAAGGACCCAGGCGCUCGGGCUGAGACCGCGUCCGUGCCGAGGGGAGGGGGCAGGGCUGGCUCUGCUCCUGGCGACCCGAAAGCUCCUGCGAAAUCUAAACCCAAGGCCGCUCCUGAGCGAGAGGAUGAUGAGGGAGCAGCAGGCGUCUGCAUCCCAGAGCUGCCCGCACAGUAUUACUACGAGAACUGGACACGGACCCCAGUGGCAGUGGUGAUCGGCGGAGAGACCCACGGUCUGAGCCCAGACGCGCUCCACCUCGCGGCCAGCACCGGGGGGAAGAGACUGGUCAUUCCCGUGGUGCCAGGCGUGGACAGCUUGAACUCCGCUAUCGCCGCUGGCAUUGUGCUCUUUGAGGGGAAGAGACAGUUGCUGCGGAGGAGGCACGAGAAGGAAGACGAAAGGCAGACGUUCCCUGGCGUGGGCUAA